GGUCUGAGUCUGACAGACCAAACAAAAAGUGACAGUUCUCUGUGACGUUUGACAUAACCUAUAACUGCAUUGAGCAUUCUCUAUUCAUUAGAUUGAUAAUAAAUACCUUAUGAUAAAAUAGUUUAUUUUCAUUUAAUUAUCUAUUCAAAAGUUCCAAAAUAAUGUUUGCUGACGAUGUACUUUAUGAAUUUAUUCAUUCCGAAUUGGUAAACUACGUGACAAAUAAGAAAAAUGAAGAUGAGAAUUCCAAGACAGGUGAUCUUUCUCCUCUUGAGUAUGCAGGCUUUAUUACUGGAUUCAGAAUAAUUGAAAGAUUAACGAAGGACUGGCCACGCUUCCAAAACGAACUAGAAACCGUGAAGUUUAUUUGCACUGAUUUCUGGUCGUCAGUCUACAAAAAGCAGAUCGAUAAUUUGAGAACCAACCAUCAGGGCGUGUAUGUUCUGCAGGACAAUUCGUUCAGAUUUCUCAAUAAGAUCUCAGCUAGUAAACAGUAUCUGGAGCACGCACCCAAGUACGUUUCUUUCACAUGUGGAUUACUGAGAGGAGCCUUGGCAAAUUUGGGUAUCAACUGCCUUGUUACAGCAGAAAUUCAACCGAUGCCAUGCUGUAAAUUCCACAUACAAGUUCAUAAGGGCAAAAAAAUUGAAUAAGAAGUCAAUGAAUUGAUUGAUAUUUCUGGAAAUUAUUUAUAUGUGUCAUCAUUUAUAUUCUAUUGUUAGUUUCUAAGUAAUAAAUCUUUAUUCGGA